AUGCUAGGCGCACUUCUUCGUCUCCAUGGCGAAGUUAUGUCUAUCCGUUUUCUUGAUGCGAAUGGCGAUUUAGCUGGUCAUCCUAUAGAAGUCUGGUCCGACAAUGCCACUGGUUCUGAAUCAGAAUCCGGUUUCGAUGAAGCCAUUGCUGCUUCCCCUGGCGCUGAUCAUAGCGCCACAUCAAGUUCUCCCUCUUGCUCUGUAGUCCUGCGUAGUCACGAUGUUAGUGGCAGCGAGGAUUUAUCAUCUGCUGGCCGCAUAGGUCGACAGGCCUUUGCUUCAGCACUCUCUUACUCCUCCUCUUCCUCCUCCUUCGUAGCCUCCGGUGCUUGUGUCAGCGCUGGAGGAACGGGCACUAAUUCUACGCCUGCUACUCUCCCCUCAUCAGCCUCACCCUUGCCUCGACUUGGUGGCUGUGCUGGCCCCACGGCAGCCAUGAAGCGUCUGGGCGCCUCUCCGGCUCCUGUUCCGUCUUCAGCCCUACUUAGCGCCUCCUCACAGACAUCUGCCUCAUCAAGCGUCACUCGACGUGAGCAGUUUGGUCGACAGACCACUCUAACAGGUGCUCUGGGAUACUCGAAUGCUGCUUCACCCCGUACGAGCACAGCCCAGAAAUCCAGUAUCGGGCUUUGUUACUAUGGGCUAACACAAUGGACAUUUCUAUAUUUUUCGUCCCCCCCUAGAAUGUUCCUACUCAUCAUGGAAGAAUAG